GUUAAAUUGGUUACACGUUGUUUAACUUUGAAGCGACAUAGUUAUUGCAAAAUGAAAAUAACCGCGAGCUUAGUUUUCGUCCUACUCAAUGUAGUAUCUAUUUACGGAGAAAGUAAGGAAAUCUACUUUUUCCCAAAAGAAGCGGCUGUCACUUUCUUAGAAGCUACACUGAAAUGCAUCGCUGAUUCAAACUACGAUUCCUCAGUCAUCGAUCAAAUAAUGCAAGGGAAAUAUAUUGAAGAUGAUAAAACGGUAAAUGCUUUGAUAUGCGCAUGCGUCGCAACUGGAUUUGGUUAUCCGGACGGAAAGGUAAAUGUGGAGAAGAUAAUGAAGGAGUCAGUUCCGACGAGGCAAGAUCUUCGUCCUUUUAUAGAGGAUUGUAAUCGGGAGUCCGGGAAGACGCCUGCACAAACGUUCAGGGGUAUAGUUAAGUGUUAUAGAGAGAAGUUGCCUGUACAAUUAAGGUUUUCUAACUAAAUUUGUCUGUGGUUUUGGGUCUGUUCGGACGGUUAUAGUAUUGCCACCAUUUUUGGGCAAAUUGAAGGUGGAAAAGUAUAUGGUAUCAAAAUAAAGUACAAAUAAAUAAUACUUUAUUUUACGUAUAAACAUAUUUUAUUACUUUUGAGAAAAAAUAUCAGAUUACAAUCGGGUCGUCCAUUAAUCAUGGCUCGAAAGACAAGGGUUCGGAAAUAAAAUCACGAAAUACUACGGGGGGGGGG